GAAUGGUGGGCUAUGUGAACCCCUUCGAGGGAAACAAAACUUUCCCAUCCAGAGGAAGAAGAACUGAAGUGAGGCUGCUGACUUCCACACACUAACUUCUGCUGGGAUCCGAAGGCGCUCAAAGAGCCUGGGAACGUCAGUCCGCGGGAGGGACGGGAGGACUGCUUAGGAAAACUGCAAUUCCCAGCGUGCCCCGAGGGGGCGGGCCCUGCGGCUGCGCAGACAGCCGCGCAAGUUCACGUGAUUUCAGCAUGGCGGUGUUCGUGGAUUUGGACCUGCGAGCGGGUUCCGACCUCAAGGCGCUGCGUGGGCUCGUGGAGAACGCCGCUUACCUGGGCUAUUCAGUUGUUGCCAUCAAUCAUGUUGUUGAAUUUAAGGAAAAGAAACAGGAAAUUGAAAAACCAGUAGCUGUUUCGGAGCUUUUUACAACUUUGCCAGUUGUACAGGGAAAAUCAAAACCAAUUAAAAUUUUGACUAGACUGACAAUUAUUGUUUCCGAUCCAUCUCACUGCAAUGUUUUGAGAACAACUUCUUCAAGGGUCCGGCUGUAUGAUAUCAUUGCAGUUUUUCCAAAGACAGAAAAACUUUUUCACGUUGCUUGUACCCAUUUAGAUGUGGAUAUAGUCUGCAUAACUGUAACAGAGAAACUACCAUUUUACUUCAAAAGACCCCCUAUUAAUGUGGCAAUUGACCGAGGCGUGGCCUUUGAACUUGUCUAUAGCCCCGCUAUCAAAGACUCCACAAUGAGAAGGUACACAAUUUCCAAUGCCCUCAAUUUGAUGCAGAUCUGCAAAGGAAAGAAUGUAAUUGUAUCUAGUGCUGCAGAAAGGCCUUUAGAAAUAAGAGGCCCAUACGACGUGGCAAACUUAGGGUUGCUGUUCGGGCUGUCUGAAAGCGAUGCCAAGGCCGCAGUGUCUACCAACUGCCGAGCAGUGCUUCUCCAUGGAGAAACUAGAAAAACUGCUUUUGGAAUUAUUUCCACGGUGAAGAAGCCUCGGUCAUCAGAAACAGAUGAUGAGUCUCUUCCAGCCUGCAAGAAAGCCAAGUGUGAGGACUGAGAAGAGUCCCCCAGUCUCUGUCAACACUCCUGUCUUCCCUUUGAUGGUCCAUCAGCCACAACAGAAACGAAACCUUCGUAUGAUGCACUGUUUUCACUUAGAGCUAGACAUCAGUAGUCUGUAAAAACAGUCUUAUAUUCAAGCCAUUGAAAUAACAAAAUUUAGUGAAGCACUGAGGGAAAAAAGAAAAAGACCAUCCCCUUUAAAUGUAUUUUAGGAGAAAAACAAAGACUAGUUUAUCUUUUGUGUUAAGUGAUAAAUGGCAGGUAUAAUGAAUAAGAUGUUUCAGUAUUUCAUGAGACUCUUUAAAAAUGUUUCUUGUUCAUUUAAAAAUUCAUGGUUUUCAGCUUGAUAAACAUGGCUUAUUUUAAUUUUACUGUCCAAGUGGUUAUUUUGAGUACUAUUAAAACUUGUAUUAAGGGGUUGGCUUUUACUUGAUUUAUUCUUGUUUUAAGCCACUCUUUAAUAGUAUUCGUCCAGGCAAAAUUCCUUCUAAAAGGAAUCACUAUAAAACCUGUGGAAGGAAAGAGAAGGUGCACAUAAAAUCACACUUGGCCUUUUCCUUUGCUUCUUCUUACCUCCGUGAUGCCCUUGAAAUAGGAUUCCUCUGAGCUGGAGGCCCCUGAAAACCUUGUGUUCAUUUUUCUAAUCAUCGUAUUAAACAUCUCAAAGCACUGGACUCAACCAAAUUUGGAAAUAAUUUUUUUUUUUUUCCCCCUAAGGUAAGGUCAAAGUUGGAGAAGUUUUUGUUUUGUUUUUUGUUUUUGUCUUUUUGCCAUUUCUUGGGCCGCUCCCGCGGCAUAUGGAGGUUCCCAGGGUAGGGGUCUUUUCGGAGCUGUAGCUGCCAGCCCACGCCAGAGCCACAGCAACGCGGGAUCCGAGCCGCAUCUGCGACCUACACCACAGCUCACGGCAACACCGGAUCGUUAACCCACUGAGCAAAGGCAGGGAUCGAACCCGCAACCUCAUGGUUCCCAGUCGGAUUCGUUAACCACUGCGCCACAACGGGAACUCCGGAAAUAAUUUUUUUUAACAGCAAGAUCAUCAUAUUAAAUAGAAUCGUAUGUAAAUUUGCUUUUUUUUGCAACUAUCUGCAUUUAUUCUAUAUUUAUAUUAAGAAAAUUGUUUAAAUGGGGAAAAAGAAUACUGCUGUUCUGAAAGUCAGAGAAAAGAUAGUUUAAAAAGAGAAAGCUUUCCACCAAACUCAGUGAUGAAUUUAGAUGCUUAAAUAAAAUAUCAGUUAAGAGAAUUCAUUUAAUGGGAGUUCCUACUCUGGUGCAGUGGGUUAAUGAUCCAGCUUGUCUCCGUGGCACUGUUGGUUCAAUCCUUGGCCCAGCGCAGUGGGUUAAGGAUUCCAUGUUGCCGCAGCUGAGGCAUAGGUUGCUAACACAGUUCAACUUCAUUCACUGUCUUGGGAACUUCCACAUGCCGGGAGAGUGCAGCCAAAAAGGAGAAAUAAAAUAAAUAAAACAGUACACCAUAACUAGAUGAGAUUUAUUCUAGGAAUGUAAGGGUAUUUCAGUUCCUUUUAAUGUACUGUACUUCAUCAUAUUAAUAGGUCGUAUGAGAAAAAUCAGAAUCGUCUUAAUAGAUGCCAGUAAGAUAUUUUAUAAAAUUUUAAAUGUACUCCUGAUUUAAAAAAUAAACAACAGUAAAAUCCCUUGACAAAAUACAAGGGGGAGAAUAUUUUACACAUACGUGUAUAUGUGUGUUUGUAUUUAUAUAUUGUAUAUGUUCGGUAUGAUGGUUCUAAAAAUAAAGCAUUUUUUACUUGCGCUUAAGCAGUUUGAUGGAUUAAGGUACUCGCCUCCCUCUGUAAAACUGAUGGCUACCACUGCUGAACCCCUACACCCAGAGCCUGCCACUUCCUGGAGUGCCAGCUUGCCUCUGCCCUCACCCCACAUGGAUUCGCAAGUUAGAGACUGGAACUCAGGAAAGAAUGUAGAUCUCCAGUCAUUGAAGCCAUACUCCUAAGAAUAGGCUCUGGCCUUUCUUUAAAGAUCAGCACCUCUUGUGGGGAAGGGGACUUGAGGAAGACAAAAGGGGACUUGAGGAAGAUAUAAAGCAAAAACUUGGCCACGUAAUAACAAAUUCAAGUUUUGCUAUGGGAGACAUCUCUGCUAGGAAGAAAUGGAAGGACCCUGAGCCAUAAGGAUCUGAUCGGUUAGAGCCAGGACCCAAGAGGACACCAAGGUAGGGAGUAUGAAGCUCCCAGCACUCCUGGGAGCUGGACUGUAAGGUUUGUUUGGAGACUAGAUAGAAAAGGUUCAGAAUAUUUCGAGCCAUCCUCUCAAGUCCAUGACCAGCUAACUGGAAGACCCUCUGGUUAUAGAUUGUGCCUAUAUACCAUCUCAGAGGGUCAGAGGCAUAGCUAAGAGGUUAUGAAUAUUCCAGUGCCAAUGUUUCACAUUGGCUUUCAUUGGCCUUCAUACAUUUCCUCAAGUGGUAAACUUUUCCCCUAACCUUGCCUUUUUCUGUAUUCCCUCUGCUGCCUAGAACACUGCUUGAAUAUCCACUUUAAUCUUCUUCACACUCCCCUGAAAGUUCCCCACCUCAAAGAAGACUUUGUAGAAAUCACUUCCGCAUCAAAUUAUGGGCCUCUACAACUUAGACUCUCAGCACUUUUUUUUUUUUUUGCCUGCACCAGCAACAUAUGGAAGUUUUUUAGGCCAGGGGUCAAAACCAAGCCACAGCUGCAACCUGUACCGCAGCUGCAGCAAUGCUGGAUCCUAAACCCACUGCACCACAGAGGGAACUCCAGGACUUUGUACUCUUUACUUCAUUGUCCUUGACAGAGAUUGUUACCACAUAUUUAUUUCUGUGAUUAUUUCUUUAAUAUUCAUCUAUUCCAAGAAGGCAGGGCAGGGACAGCCUGGUUUUCUCAUCACAGGUCUUAGCACCUAUCCCAGCACAUGGCAACAAAAUAGCUCCCCUUGGAGGUCAGCAGUCACUGGCAAAGUCUGUUUUCUUAUGGGUGGCCUGUGACACUACCAGCUGGUGUCCACAGUUGUUUAUCCUCAGAUUAGUUAAACCCUGAUGGGAAUGUUUUAAGGAACACCUUAACACGCAGUAAUCAUUUUCCCCACCAGGGGUCUCUUUCUUCCCAUCACUGGGGCCCAUACUCCUUUGCAGGGUUUUCACAGCCUUGCUGCUCACUGUUAUCUGUGGUAUUCCACCAACCCUGCAUUGCCUGGGGGCUUGUCAGAAAUGCAGGAUCUCAGGCCCCACCUGCACUGGAGGAAUCAGAAUCUGCAUUUUAACAAGAUCCUCAGGUGGCUGUGUACAUGUUAAAUACUGAGCAGGGCUCUUCUACAGGACAUUCCUAAUGACAAACUAGGAAAAGCCCAUCUAAAUGGGCUUUUUGCCUGUUUCUUUCCCACUAAAAGAAGUAAAGAGGUUUAUAAUUUGCUUUUAUUAUGAAUAUAAAAUAUCCAUACAACAUAAUAUACAUUUACACAUUUACAGUUCACAGUCACUUUUCUUUUUUGCACACAUUCGGUUCGGCACGGCCCAAAUGGCCUGCCCCUUCCACUGCGCUCCGCUUACACUCUUGACGUUCUCCACACCUUGGUAUGCGCUGCGUGUGACUUGGUAAGAAAUACCAGGCCCAGGCAUCAAAUGGUUUGCUUGUCCUUCUCACAGAGUCACUUUCAUCCCAUUUCCUUUUCUGUCACUGCAGGCCUUCCAUGACCUCAAACUCCAGCAUUAAAAAUUCAGGAGAAAAGAGGGCAACAAUCAUCCCCUCUGUCUUUCAAAAACACCGUGCAACAUCUUAGAUAAGCAAGGUGACACAGAAGUAGGCAGUGACGCACUGCUGGUCAACAGGGUUUUAAGAGCUACCUACGGGAAGGCUCUGACAUGUUACAUACAAAGCUUGUUCACUAGAGGGACGGUCAUGAAGGAGCUGGGUAUGGGCAGUAUCACAGUAAAUAAAUAAAUAAACAGGAGUAAAUACAAAUACAUAGAGUGAGUUUCACUAAGGGAGAUACCUAUGUUCCUGUGCUUUCUCAAAAUAUCAUUAGGUGCAGCUUUACAACAGGUUGAUAAACAGAAGCUGGAUUUCAGGAGGGUUUGCUCUUUGGGGCGGCAACUUCAAAAUGCUGGUGAAGAGCAGCCUGUGGAAGAGUCUGUCUUUUUUCUCAGAAAGUUGCUAUGCGAGAGGCUUUGUAGGAGUUCUCUUUGAGGCUGUCAAAUAUUGCUUUGGUUCCAUUUUGCCAGUUCAGCACCAGAUCCAUCGGGGUCUUCCCAGCCUGAUCAGAAUAGAGGAGGAAAUUUGACUUCCAGACGGGGAAUGUCUAUAAAUUCAUCUCUUGAAUGUGUGUGUGAGUGUGUGUGUGUGUGUAUUUAAUGAGGUAAUGGAUAGGUGUAUGUUAUUGAAGUGUUUUAAUGCUUCCCACUCUGAAUGGUUUUUAGUUUACAUUCAAACCAGUCCUCACUGUUUCUCACGGGAAUGCUUUUGGCAUUUCAGAUUAGCAAUUUUUUUUUUUUUUCCUGUGAGACUAUGUCACAUAUUGGUAACAAUCCCUAGUCCCUAGACACUAAAUGGCAAGAGUAAGCCAAGUCAUUCUGAAAUUCGAAAACUGCCUCAUGCAUCUCCAGGAUCCUGCAGAAUGGGCAUGGGGAGGGUAUGGCCUCCUUCCUUGGUCAGGAACCAGUUCCUGACACUUUGGAAAAUGAAUUCCUCAUUGAUAAAAACUGGUGCUAAAUGAGCUGCUUCAGUUCUCAGGUACCACUCCAGGGGUAGAGUUUUAACAGCUUGCUCAGAAGUUACCUUUAGCUUGCCCAGGAAAUUUCUUUUUCCUGGAGAUGAUACUAAUGAUGUAUGACUAAAUAAAUUUUGAGACCCCCAAUUUUUUUUACUUUAUGCAUAUGUCAGGAUAUUUACAAAAAUUAAAACUAUGUCACCUCUCAAUUUUUAUCUUUGAAUAUGGGAAGUCUUAAAAUUUCCCAUCUCUAUUAAUUCAGAAGUCUCUCUUUAUCCCAGAGAUUUCAGACUGGCAGCUUUAAGAUGCACAUCAGCCUCAAUACCUGGUUUAGAUUUUUUUUUUUAAUGUUGGGAUUAAUUGGCAACAGUUGGAGAUUAAGAGAUUUCCCAACUGAAUUUGUGAUCUCUGUGAAAAAAGCAGAAGAUUUGGAAACCAACCCAUGGUUCCACAGAGAACCAUGGGCUGGGUUGGGAAAGGGCCACCACCUUUAAGUUAUGUGCUCAGACCCCACAGCCACCAUUUCAGUCAGUUACGCAUCUGCCUGGCCCCUGUGUGGAUCUGAGUUAGUGGCCCUGCAUCCUUCAUUUUGGACCUUCUCACCUCGUAGCAUCUUCCUUCAGGAACACUCACCAGCAGACAUGAACACAGAGUUUUAGGCAAUGAUAGGAUAAUGUCUUGUUCCCAGUUCCCUCCAAGAUGGUGUCCAAUAGCUUAGUGGUCUUUUGGGGGAACAUCCAUCCAUUGGGUCAAUGACAUUAAUAGUACCAGAGCCUUUAUGCUAAGGUCUUCCUGAUAAUUCAGAGCCAUGAGCCCUGCUUGUAUAUUUCAGGCUAUUCUUCCAUGAAUUCCUUGAACUCCUCUGUAUUGCAAUUUAUCUCUUGGCUCCCUGACUGCUUACACAGUCUCCCCAAAUCUAUACACUGUUUAUCUCUAUGGGUAGUGUCUCACUGUCUGGGG